AUUAUGUAUUUGGUGUCAUGAAACGAGUUUCUUUUAGUAGUGGACUUUUAUUUUGAAGUUAGGAAGCAAAGACACACAACUGCUGUAACUUGCACGGUAGGAGGCUGCAACAAGGAACUCUAAAUACUUGUAGUUAAAGUGUUAAAUAACUUGGUGUUAUUAGCGAAAUAAUAUGGGAAACGAUAGCAGAUUAUAAAAGAGACUUACUUGAGAAGUAUUGGUCCUUUUGGUCUUGGUUUUAGCUCUGUAAACGACCAUGGAUUAGCUAACUAGCCAGCUACCUUGAGUGUUUGUGCAUGAGUUGAGAGUUUUGUCCUUCUCACAGGAAAAUAAAAAAAGUGUGACCUCAGUAUGGACAAUAGCAACAUUUAUGUGCGAGAAAGAGGCAACCUUCGUCGUGUCAGUGACAUAGUCCUGGCUCAGCCAAAGCCAGUGUCCUCAUCAUGCAGAAGGACAAAUCCCUUUGUGCUGAGAAAAGAGCACUUCAUAUUCACCUACAAUGCAGAGGGGAGCCUGAGAUACACCACCAAAUCUCUCUUUGACAUCACUCUGCUAUUCGUGGCUGACAACAUUCACCAUGUGGAUUCCCUGGUGGGCUUUCCUGAGCAAAUAGGAGACAGGCUUUUUGCAGCAGCAGAGGAGAAUCGUGUCUUUCUAAACGCAGACAUCUCUCCAAAAGCUCUGCAGUUAUUCAGUGAUGCAUAUGGGGACAUGGUGCUUGGAUCCCUCUGUCUGAGAAAUAGAUUCCCACUCUUGCAUGAGAGGAUGGAUGAAAUAAAAACAUUUCAUAGUUUGAAGUCUCUGGAUCUGUUUGGCUGCAGACUGGGUGAUGAGCAUGAGAUAUUUCAGCAUCUAACAUCCAGCUCACUGGCAAGCCUAAUCCAGCUUUUCAUUGGUGGUAACAGCCUGUCAGAUGUCGGCCUACAAAGAUUAACUGCACCCAUCCGGAUGCUGAGGAAGGGACUGGACUGCCUUCAAUUACUUGAUGUUUCCCAUAACCCUAUCUCAGUGAGGACUCUAAGAUACCUCACAUGCCUCCCCAAACUUGAAAAUCUUGAUGUAUCUGGGACCAGUUUGAAGCUUGACACAGGGUUGAAGACAACCAUAUGGGACCUGUUGGGACUCAUUUAUUCUGAGAAACCACUGGACACCUUUGAUCACUCCAGAUGUAAAACAGAAGGUUGGGCUGAGCAGGUUGUAAACCAGUGGGAAACAAAUAACUCACAAAUGCCAAAACAGAAGAAAAUUGAUGAAUCCAGAACAUCAGCACUUCGCUUUUUCGGCAGGCAGAAGUUUGUCAGAGAAGUACUGAAAGCAAGACCUUUGGUAUGUGAGAGCGAGGAAGAGGACAAGAGAGAGAGACUGCAUUUCUUCAGACCUGCAGCAAACAGUCACAUACCCGACAAACAGACUCCUUCCACAACAAAGCAGCAAGCGAAGCCUUCCUGGCACAACGUCAAAAAAAGGCAGCGUCAGUCAGAAAGUUGUGACAGUUCACGUCAAAGUCCUCCAAUGAAACGUUUGUCCUCAUCGGCUCCUCUCACUGUAGAGGACAUUGACUUGCUGAACAGCUACUGAGGUAUGCGUCCAUGCAGCAUUCUACAAAGAGCGGAGCUUGAGUAUGUCGCUUAACCGGUAACAUUUAGGUUCAAGAUGAUUCACACUGGUGAACUGUAAACACUUUUUUUCCUGGAUACAGGUGGCGAUGUUUAUGUAUUUUUAUAAAUAAAGUUUAGUAUUUUGUAUGUG